AACGCUACACGGGUCAUCAAAGCAGAAUGGCAGAGAGUCAUGGUUUGAUGGAGAGACUGGAGAAAGCAGUGACCCGGCUUGAAUCGUUGUUUUCAGAUUCACACAGAUCUGGUGGAAUGGAGUGUGAUGCUAUCAAUGGAGUCAAUGGGAGCAUAGCACCAUAUGUCGAAGCCUUUGAUAGGCUGCUGAAUGGAAGUGUUGCUGAAUUUCUCAGAUACAGCAAAAUUCUUGAAGGUGAUGUGAAGACACAUGCAGAGAUGGUACGUGCUGCUUUCCAAGCACAAAGAUCCUUCCUGGUGUUAGCAUCCCAAUGUCAAGAGCCUCAAGAGAAUGAAGUGGCAAUGCUUCUCAAGCCAAUAUCAGAGAAGAUUCAGGAAAUUCAGAAUUUCAGAGAAAGGAACAGAGGAAGUAAAAUGUUCAACCACCUCUCAGCUGUCAGUGAAAGCAUACCUGCCCUUGGGUGGAUAGCAGUGUCUCCUAAACCAGGCCCUUAUGUCAAGGAGAUGAAUGAUGCUGCUACCUUUUAUACUAACAGGGUAUUAAAGGACUACAAGAACAGUGACACACGCCAUGUUGAUUGGGUGAAGUCAUAUCUGAACAUCUGGUCUGAACUUCAAGCUUAUAUCAAAGAGCAUCAUACCACAGGUCUCACCUGGAGUAAAACUGGUCCUGUUGCUUCGCCCAUGUCUAUGCGAUCUGUUCUAACGAGUGGAUCGUGCCUGUCUCCGCCGCCACCACCACCACCACCUGGACCUCCUCCCAUCUUUGAUACAGAAACUGUAAAGGAUGAAGGAACUGCGUCUCGCUCAGCCCUGUUUGCACAGCUUAAUCAGGGAGAGGCAAUUACCAAAGGGCUUCGACAUGUCUCCGAUGACCAGAAGACUCACAAGAAUCCCAGCCUACGUGCCCAAGGUCCGUCUGUUCGUUCUCCCACAAAAAGCCAAACUCCGAGUCCCACCUCUCCUAAGAAUUCCCCACAGCAGAGCCAUGCCCCUGUCUUGGAGCUAGAGGGAAAGAAGUGGAGAGUGGAAUAUCAAGAGGAUAAGAAUGACCUGGUUAUUAACAACACUGAACUCAAGCAAGUGGCCUACAUUUUUAAGUGUAACAAAUCUAUGCUUCAGAUAAAAGGAAAAGUCAAUUCCAUUACUAUUGACAACUGUAAAAAGUUUGGCCUUGUGUUUGACAACGUCGUGGGAAUUGUGGAAGUGAUCAAUUCCAGGGAUAUUCAGAUUCAGGUGAUGGGGAAGGUGCCAACCAUUUCUAUUAACAAAACAGAAGGCUGCCACAUCUACCUCAGUGAGGAAUCACUAGAUUGUGAGAUUGUGAGUGCCAAGUCAUCCGAGAUGAACAUCCUCAUCCCCCAAGAUGGUGAUUAUAAAGAAUUUCCGGUUCCUGAACAGUUCAAGACAGCAUGGGAUGGAUCUAAGCUGGUCACUGAACCCGCAGAGAUUGUGGGUUAACUUCCUGAUGCCAUACAGCACUUGCCU